AACCACCAAUCUGCCACUCGCAGAGCCCUCACCGCGCCAUAUAAGAAGGUCCGACGUUCCCAGUCCAAGUCGCCACAUGGUUACUUGAGUCGAGCAGCCGAGGCAGCUCUAUCAAACACGUCAGCCAGCCGCGUCGGACGCGGUCGGCCCAGCAUGGCUAGCAUCGUCGCUCGCUCCUUCACACAUUUCCGCAGGCGGACAGAGUCGACGGAGAUGCCCUCGACACCGGCCAAUGAGCAUGCAGGAUGGAUAGACGAUGAGAUCUGUGCCAACUGUGGAAGCGCAGUCCAAGGUGCCAGGCUCUACUGUUCCGACGCCUGCAGGGAGGGGGAUGCUCAACCACGCAGUGGUCAGCACCUCGCUUGCGGGUCCAUUGGAGCGGAGCAAGAAGGAUCUCCUGCCGCUCUGGCCGUGGCUGGUCCCAGCAUUCUGUCAGCUGCCAACGCAGCGACAGUCUCACCGGCGACUAGGCCAUCUCAUCUGCACAGCGCUGACUCGUCUGCGCCAGCACUCGCCAAACGCGACGGUAGGCCUGCAGCUGCUGACGAGUUCGAGCACAAGUUUCGCUACCCAUGCCCGCCCUCACCUCAUUUCCUGGCUCGCUACAAGACAUCGGCUUUGACAUCGCCAGCUCUGACGGCCUUGGAGAGAAGCUUGCCGCGUGGAUCCGAAGCGCUGGACGAUGUCGCAGACACUACAUCAGCCUCAAUCUCCUCAAGCGACGACAGCGUUUCAGCCGUCGCUGAUCGAGCACAAAAUAGGAGGAGCUCAUCGCGCAGCACCUUCUCAUCAGCGUCUGACAACUUUUCAACGGUGCCAAGCACACCGUCUCCCGCAGUGUGUGCGCAGGAUGACGACUUGGACGACUUUGAGCCUUCCUCUCUUGUGCUCCCGCCCAGCGUCAAGCCUGCCAGCACAGUGCUGCUCAAGUCUGCUUCUAGAGACAAGGCGACCGUUCAAAACUCCCCCGCCCUUGUUGCGCAGCAGCAUGUGGCACCCUCAUCGGCUGCCAUUUCGCCAAGUCUCUCGCGAAAGUCGCCGUCUUCUCAUCACGCAACACCAAAAUCGCCUCCAGCUUCCUCGUCUGCGACCUCGACGGCCACCAUGCGCUACGCAAGAAGGCCAAGCAGGACCAAUCUUCCUCCGCCCGUUCUCUUCACCUCACCGGCGUUGACUGCAGUACAGCGUGUCGCAAGCAAGGCUAGCCCCGCCGACGCAGCCCUGCGAAAAGAACAGCGUACCAUCAAGCGCAAGUCUCUCGCCGACGUGGAAAAUCUCGUCGCUCAAUCUGCAAUGCCUCAGACCCAAAAGCCAACGGGUCGGCGCGCCUCCAUAAAGAUGGACACCUUCACCUCGCCAAUCAUGUUUGCUCGACGUUCUUCCACAUCGACCGCAGCGACUUCGGACGUUACCGUCAAUGCGAUGCCUAUGCUUACGGGCAAGCCUGGGUCCAAAAGCCCGGAUCAAAGCGUCUCGGCAGCCAGCUCGGCAGGAAAGACAUUGCGCGCUAUGUCGCCUCAGACGCCAACUAGGGCACUGGCCGGCGUCGUUUGUGGGCGUCCAGGGGAUUUUUGCUCGCGCAGAUGCCGAGGUCCAAACACGAACCGCGUUCCCUUGGAGUCGAAUCCCUCCAGCUGGAAUCCGACUUUCUCGCGGGAAAGGAGAUCUACUGUGUCUCCUGAGCCGGUCCUUGGACGUCCUGUCAGGCCCAAGGCGCACGGUGAAGGGCACAUACACAGCGCUCGCGCGGGCCUUUCAGGACCUAUGGAAGAGAGCCAAGACGAUCUUAUCACUCCCGGCAAGCCUCAACUGUCUGCACGUGCGGCCAAGGCUGGCCUGUUCAUGACUCCAGCAUUGAAGCCUGCGACUAGUACUGCUGAGGCAGUCGCGCAACAGGCUGCACAGCGUGAAAAUGCGCCCGCAGGGCUCGCUAGCUCAUCAUCCGCCGAGAAGCUGGAGAGCUACAGCAGGAAUCAACGCGCUUCCUAUCGACGCCCCUCCUCUCCGCCCGCCAGAGGCCGGUCGCAUGCGCGAGGACAGAGCAGCACAGCUCGUCGCAGCCCCAGUCCCAAGCGCUUGAAUGCUCGGCGAGGAGUUUCUGAGGAUUCCUUCUCUUCCCGAAUGAGCAUGUCAAGUACAACACGCGGGUCGCGACAGCUUUCAGCGGAGCGCUCGGAGCCAAGCACCGAGCGAGGUCGUACCUCCACAGUUCGCACGCGCGGUGAACUCAGAUCAGCUUCGCCUUCGGUCGAGACCCAUCAGGAUUCUGUCAAAGAGAGAAGAGGCCGAAGCCCGACUGCUCGUCAAUCGUCUGUCUCAGCUCGACGCGACUCGCGUCGUCGGACGUCAGCAAAUCGCGAUAUCAAAGUCGAGCCUGGCCAGGAUCUGGUCAACUUCAAAACGUCAGCAUCGACGGUGAGCCUGCCCGGUCCUAAGGCGCCUUUGCGGUCGAUUGACUCGGUGGCCGAACAAGGCUACGACGAUGUCGAUCUCGAAUUGGAGUGAACACGUCGCAUUCUGGCCUCGAUCAUCACAUCCGGACGCACCCAACCCGUGCCAUCACACAUCCUUUCCCAGCACUGCAUUUCCCCAUCAUCUUACCUCUUUCAAA